AUGAAGUUUUUUGUCUUUGCUUUAAUCUUGGCUCUCAUGAUUUCCAUGACUAGAGCUGAUUCACAUGAAAAGAGACAUCAUGAGCAUAGAAGAAAAUUCCAUGAAAAGCAUCAUUCACAUCAAGAAUACCCAUUUUAUGGAUACUAUAGAUGA